CAUAAACGGCACAGCAAGGCAAGAAUGAUCUUUGGCUCUAAUAUCCGGGGAUCGAAGGCGGGGUAAGGAGCCUGGAAUAAUUUUCCCACAACACUACUCCUCGUACUGUUCUGUACUCAUUAUAAAGAUGCUGGUUUCUGCCAGUUUCUGUUGCGUUUGCUUUGGAAGAUUUCAACCUGUGUACUCAUUUCUGCUAUUUAAUCAAAAUCUCAUUUCUCCACAAGGCAUACCUCAAGUCGCACACUUCGAGCUUCAGAAGUCCAAAAUGCCGAACUGUAGCAAAUGUGGAUACAACAAUAUAACCGGAAGGUACAAAUGCACGAAUUUGAUUAAAGAUCCUCAAGAUCCUCUAAAGCUAGUUGUCUGCAAUGCGGAACUCCCUGUUAGCGUGGCUCCCCUGUCUAACGCUCCUCCUCCAUCGAAGAAAUAGGCGGAGGAAAUCAGACAAGUGUCUUUCCUGAUUCAGCCUCCGCAUCCUGUCAUGGCUGUUCUAUAUAACAAGCAGGCUCAUCGCCUGCGUCCGGUCUUUCCAUUAGUACCACGUUAUGGUUUUGGUUUGCGAUAGCACAGUCAUUCCAGCGACAGACUUUGGAAUCGGGGAAGUCAGCUCUAUCAGAGAAGCUUGGAGUAACUAG